AGCAGUCACGCCUUGCUGCGCGUUAGAGGAGGGUUCGUGUGUUGUUUGUUGGCGUCUAACGGUGGUUAGUGUGGUCGUGUACCUUAAACUGAGAAGUCAGGAAGAGUGCAGCCUGGCAAGCAGUCAUGUGGAUUUAAAGACUGGUCUAAUUUAUGUCGAGUAGGAGUGCCUCGGUAAAGAGCAGCUAUCGUAAUCGCUAGGUUAGCUCGCAGUAGCUAACGCGCUUCAGAACCCUGGUGGUGUGUGAGUGACAUCACGCGCUCGGACGUUUGAACAUGCAGGACGGUGGCACGAGCGCCGUGUCUCUGGCGUCUGAGCCCAGCGGGGCAACAGUCGCCAUAGCGAAGCAGAAGGUCCUCGACGAGGACGAAUAUAUCGAGGUGAAGUGGUGUUGGGUGGUGUUAGCUCAGAGUCUGGAGAAGAUUAUUCAGAGAGACUUUUUCCCAGACGUGUCCAAGCUGCAGGCGCAGAAGGACUACCUGGAGGCUGAGGAGAACGGGGACCUGGAGAGGAUGCGGGACAUUGCCAUCAAAUAUGGCUCCGCCAUGGCGAAAUACACACCACGCACCUACGUGCCCUAUGUGACUCCUUCCACGUUCGAGACACCCGAUGGUCGUUCUGCAUCCCCGUCCUCGUCUCAGGGUAAACCCAGAGCGGCAGGGCACGAAGGAGCUGGCGGAAGCAAAGAUGGAAAAGAGGAAGAGAAAGAGUUUCCAUCACUUGACUGCUUUCUUGCCAAAACCACCAGCGAGGACAACGCAUCCUUCCAGCAGAUAAUGGACAUGGCCAAGGAGAGAGACAAGCUGAAGCACGCCUGGCUGUAUGAGGCGGAGGCCGAAUUCAAACAGCGGCAUGAGGAGAACCUGGCUCUGCCAUCCUCGGAGACGCAGGCGCUGGAGAGCACCAAGGCAGGUCUGGAGACCUGGGAGUACAAGGCCAAGAACUCUCUGAUGUACUACCCUGAAGGUGUGAAAGACGAGACAGUUUUUAAAAAGCCCCGUGAAGUGAUGUACAGGAACACGCGCUUCGACGUGGACCCCUUCUGCAAAGCGCUCAACAAGUCCCAGAUCCAACAGGCUGCAGCUCUGAAUGCACAGUUUAAACUAGGGAAGGUCGGCCCAGAUGGUAAAGAGCUACUGCCCCAUGGGUCACCGAAGGUCAAUGGCUACGGGUUCGAGGGAACGCCCUCUCCUGCACCAGGUGUGUGUGAGUCUCCUCUGAUGACCUGGGGGGAGGUGGAGAGCACGCCCUUUCGGCUGGAUGGCUCGGACACGCCCAUCGUAGAAAGGAACAUGGGGCCGUCCUUUAAGAUUCCUGAGCCGGGACGGAGAGAACGCUUGGGCCUAAAAAUGGCAAAUGAAGUUGCAGCCAAAAACAGGGCCAAGAAGCAGGAAGCUCUACGCAAAGUCACCGAAAACCUGGCAAGUCUGACUCCGAAAGGUCUCAGUCCCGCGGCACUCACGCCUGCCUUGCAGCGGCUGGUCAGCAGAUCGUCCAGUAAAUACACAGACAAGGCCCUGCGCGCCAGCUACACACCCUCGCCCUCCCACAGGAGCCUGGGCUCCAAGACGCCACUUGGGGGCGCUGCUACGCCAUCAGGAACCCCAACGCCCACUAAACACAGAACCCCCGGCACGCAGGACCCAGCCUCCAUCACAGACGACCUCCUACAGCUGCCCAAGAGACGGAAGGCCUCUGACUUUUUCUGACUCGUCCUCGUGAAGAGGCGCACAGCAUUGUAAAGACACUCGUUUGGUGUUCAAAACUGAGAGAACUCUUUGGGGCUUUUGAAAUGUUCAGUUGUGACUCUAAAUCUGAAGACUGUGGACUAUUAUGACUGUUUGCUCAGUUAUAGGUGUAGCAGCCUGUGAGUGUAAAAUACUUUGUACAGAUUAUAAAAAUGGUCAUAUGUUUUGA